UCCCAGGCUUGCGCGUACACCGCUGGCUGGUCAACGUGGGAUUUGCCAGCCCGGUGGGUGAGGCUAGAAAUCCAGUCCGCGUUUUCCACGCGAAUCGCAAGAAAGAGCAGGAUAAUAGUUGCAAGAGCCCUCUCUCUCUCUUGUGCCAUGCUGGGCGAGAGAGACACAGGGAGACAUGCAUUUACCCAUAUCCGGGUUAGAGAGGAAAGGAAGAAAAGUUUCAUUUAAAACCUGGACAAAAACUUUCAACAUGAAAUCACACCGCGGGAGCAGGCAGAGCCAGUGAGACAGUAUCGUUUCCGAGUACAGCCAGAACUUUACGGUUUGCGGGAUAUUCGUUCAUUUGAGCACUUCUCUCUUGUUUUUUUUCUCCUUUUUUUCCUCCUUCUGUGUGUUUUUUUUUCUUUUUUUUCUCCCUCUUUUUUUUUCGGUCUAAGCCUGUUUGGAUUACUGCCUGAAAUGUUGAAAUGAUCAUGGCCGCGCAAGUGACAACGUCUCCGGCGACGACUGGUAGUAAAAAUCCCAAUUUAUCCGGCGGUCUGAAUCAGGAUUUAAACUCUGGGAAAUCGGGAGGGGGAACGGUACAGGGAUCGGGAGCAAUUCUGGGAGUUGGAGAUGGAACUAACACUAUGAAUAAUGUAGAUCACCACCACCACCACCACCACCAUAACGAGCUGAGCAUGGCCAAUACAACUUCUUCUUCUGCAAAUAACACUUCGGACUUGCGAGAGAAGGAGGGCGUCAAUAGUGCUGCAUCUUUAUCUUCUUCAAAUUCGGCUACUUCUUCGAGCAUGGAGACGGGUUUGAUAGCGAAUCACAAACUGAAAAAUGUUGGUGGCGGAGAUCCCCCUCCUCCGUCUCACCAUCACACACCGACACAGCCCCAGCCACCACGAUUCAGUCAGUUCCAGCAGCUCCAUUCACACCAAAUCCAAAACAACAACAUCAACAACAACAGCAACAGCGGCGGCGGCAACCAGGCGCAGGUACCGGGGGAAGCGGAGAAUCGGCAACAUGGAGGGAAAGAGCAUAUUUUGGGAAACCAGGUCGGGCAGCAGCAGCCGCUGCUGAAUAAAAGUGAAGAGGAGGGCCGUGCCUGCAAAUCGGGGGAUCAGAUGGGCAGCAGGUACGAGCACGCCAACUUGGGACCAGCGAACAACAACAACAGCAGCAGCAACAGCAACAACAGCAGCCAGCCCCAAAGUGCUGGGGGGACGACUAGCACUGUUCCCGAGUUUAAUAAUUAUUAUGGCAACGCUAGAGGAGGCCCUUGCUUUGAUCAACAUGGCGGACAACAAAGCCCUGGGAUGGGGAUAAUGCAUCCUUCGGCUCCCAACAGCAUGGAUUCCGUUCAAAACUCCCACGAAGGGUACCACAACAGCCAGUACAACCACUACCCGAGCUACCGACCGGGCUACGGCGGCGCAGGCUAUGGGAUCAUGAGCUCUCCCAGGCAGGGGAGUCACACGCUGAUGGGCCCAGGCAGCAACAGCCACAGCAGCGCUGCUGGCCAUGGCAAGAUUGCUAUGGCUGCUGCCUCGGCUCCUGGGGGCAGCGUGGGGGGGUUUCAGAGGUUCCCCGGGCAGAGCCAGCACCCGUCCGGGGCCACCCCGACUCUCAACCAGCUCCUGACGUCCCCCAGCCCCAUGAUGCGGGGCUUCAGCGGCGGCGGCUACCCCGAGUACAGUGGCCCCGCCGCGCCGCCACAGCAGCAGGCGAGCGUGGGGCUGGGCAAAGACGCGAGUUCCCAGUACGGGUCCACAGCCCACGGCUGGGGAGGACAUCAGAGAAAUCACCCUGUCAUGAGUCCUGGCAACACUGGACAAGUUAUCAGUAGACCUCAGGCCGGCGCCGUGGACUCCAUGGCGAUGAAGAGGUCCCAGCUGUACGGGGUGGGCAGUAACCCGUACUCCCAGCAGCCACAGCAGCAGCAGCAGCAGCCGCCGCCGCAGCAGAGCGGCACCUACCCUGGGCAGCCGUACGGGUCGCCCACGGCACACCGCUACCCCAUGGGAAUGCCAGGGAGGAGCCAGGCUGCCAUGGGUGGAGUGCAGUACCCUCAGUCACAGCAGAUGCCUCCUCAGUAUAGUCAGCAGGGUAUGAGCGGGUACUGCCAGCAGGGCCAGCCUCCCUACUUCAGCCAGCCUCAGCCGCCCUCCGCUCUGACACAGCCUGCCUACAUGCAGCCCAGAGCCCCGGCCCAGCAGGAGGUUCCUCAGGAAAGCUAUGGGAACAGAAGCCAGCCCUCCAUGACUCCGGGGAAGCCCAGCCACGAGGACAUGAACCUCAUACAGCAGGACCGGCCCUCCAGCCUGCCUGACCUGUCCGGCUCCAUCGACGACCUGCCCACGGGCACCGAGGCCGCCCUGAGCUCGGCGGUGAGCGCGUCGGGCUCCACCAGCAGCCAGGGGGAGCAGAGCAACCCCGCGCAGUCGCCCUUCUCCCCCCACGCCUCCCCGCACCUCUCCGGCAUGCGGGGGGGGCCCUCCCCCUCGCCGGUGGGCUCUCCCGGCGGGAGCAACCAGUCCAGGUCCGGCCCCAUCUCCCCCGCCAGCAUUCCAGGCAGCCAGAUGGCUCCUCAGACCCCCGGUAACCUGUCCGACGCUGGCUCUCACUCUACCAUGAGCCAGUCUCCCAUGUCUCAGGAGAGGGGUUUUAUGGGUGGCAUGCAGCGCAACCCCCCCGUGCCCCCCUAUGGACCACAAGGGUCUGGGCCGCCCAUGUCCCCGCACCCUUCUCCCGGAGCACAGAUGCAUCAUGGGUUGGGCUCGUACCAGCAGGGAAGCUCCAGCAACACAUACGGACCCCAGAGCGGCCAAUACGGACCUCAAGGUAACUACCCAAGGCCGCCCAGCUACGGGGGCACGCCCAGCGCUAACUACAGCGGCCCGGGCCCCGGCCUGAGCAACAGCCUGGGGAUGAACGCCAGCAGCCCGAUGCACGGACAGGGCCCGGGCCAGCCCUGCGGCUCCAUGCCCAUGGGGCGGGCGCCAGGCUCGGGGAUGUCCGGGCGCCCUUACUCGGGCGGCAUGAGCAACAUGGCUCCCAGCUCUCCCAGCAUGCCUCAGCCCACGGGCCCCGGGAUGGGGCCGCCUCUGCCCAGCGUCAACCGCAAAGCGCAGGAGGCAGCCGCCGCCGUGAUGCAGGCCGCCGCCAACUCCGCCCAGAGCAGGCAGAGCAACUAUUCCGGAAUGAAUCAAAUGGGCAUGAUGGGCUCCAGCUCCCCUUACAGCCAGACAAUGGGGAAUAGUUCUGGAAUGAUGACAUCACAGGGCCCGCCGUACAACACACCCCCUUCAGGGCCCAUGAGUGUGGCUGGGGACAUGAUGAUGGCUGGCGACACAAAGCUGAAAGGAGAUACGAAAGAGGAGAGCAUUCCUGCCCCAGAGCCCAAGGCCAAGGAUAGCUACAGCUCUCAGUGUAUUUCCCAGCCUCCCACUCCCGGGACCCUGCCAGUCCCUUCCCCCCUGUCCCCCAGCCCUGCUAGUCUCUCCUCUUAUCAGGGAGAUGACAGUGAUAGCAUUAGCAGCCCCGCCUGGCCAAAGACUCCAUCAAGCCCUAAGUCCAGCUCUUCCACCGUGACGAGCGAGAAGAUCACCAAGCUGUACGAGAUGGGCAACGAGCCCGAGCGCAAGAUGUGGGUGGACCGCUACCUGUCCUUCAUGGAGGAACGGGGCACACCCGUGCCCAACCUGCCUGCCGUGGGCAAGAAGCCCCUGGACCUCUGCAGGCUCUACAUGUCUGUCAAGGACAUUGGGGGGCUCGCCCAGGUGAAUAAAAACAAGAAGUGGCGUGAGCUGUCCACCAAUCUCAAUGUUGGGACCUCCAGCAGCUCGGCCAGCUCCCUGAAGAAACAGUACAUCCAGUAUCUGUUUGCCUUUGAAUGUAAAGUGGAGCGCGGAGAGGAGCCCCCUCCUGAAAUCUUCGCCAUGGGAGACAACAAGAAACAAGCCAAGAUCCAGCCGCCAUCUCCUGCCAACUCGGGGUCUCUGCAAGGCCCCCAGACCCCCCAGUCGAGCAGCAGCAGCUCCGUGGCGGAGAUGCCGGGGGAUCUGAAGCCCCCCACACCGGCCUCCACGCCUCACGCGCCCAUGACGUCCCUGCAGGGCGGCAGGAACAGCGGAGUGAGCGUGCAAGACCUCUUCUCGGACAUCGGCGACCCUGCCUUCCAGAAGCAGAACUCCAUGGCGCCCGGCGCCCCGUUCCAGCAGGGCAUGAACAUGCCGGAGGUGAUGAUGAGGAUGCAGUUUGAGGCCAACAAGGACCCUUUCGGCGGCAUGAGGAAAGUGCCAGGAAGCAGUGAACCCUUUAUGCCCGGACAGCUGCCCAACAGUGGCAUGCCAGACAUGUACAGCCGCACCCCCUCAGGCUCCAUGUCCGGACUGGGGAUGAGCCAUCGCCAGCAGUAUCCCUACGGCCCCGGGUACGAGAGGAGACCUGAGCAUGGGAUUGGUCCUGAGGGCAGUAUGGGACCUCCUGGGAAUCAGAGUAACAUGGUGCCGUCUAACAACGAUCCCAGCAUGUACUCGCCCAACCGAUAUCCUUCACAGCAAAGGCACGAGCCCUACGGGCAGCAGUACCCCGGGCAGGGCCCUCCUGCGGCGCAGAUGCCCUACGGCGCGCACCAGCCGGGGAUGUUCCCUCAGCAGCAGGCUUACAAGCGUCCCAUGGAUGGCAUGUACGGCCCUGCAGCCAAGCGCCACGAAGGUGACGUCUACAACGUGCCGUAUGGCGGCCAGCAGCAGGACGUGUACGGGCAGUACGGCAGCGGCUACUCGGGGCCCGAGCGGCGGCCCCUGCAGAGCCAGUACCCCUACCCCUACAGCCGCGACCGGAUGCAGACUUCGGGGCACACGCCCCCCCAGCCCGCCCAGCAGCAUGGCAUUUCCUCCCAGAUGCUGAGCGGCCCCCUCCAGCAGUCUUCCUCCUCCGGCCCGGCUGAAGGGCCCCAGCCCAACGUGUGGCCCUCGCGGACUGACCUGCCCUACCCCUACCCCGGCAGGCAAGCCCCGGGGGGCUCCUCUCAGGUCCCUCCCUACCCCGCCCUGGGCAGGGGGGACGACCUCAUGGCCCCCGAGCCGAGGCUGAACCCUGACGGCCAGUGGCCGGGCCACGUCGGCCAGCGGCAGUCCUCCUUCCUGCCCCCCUCCUCCAGCUCGCUGCCCCCCAUGACCACCCGGCCGCCCCCGUCCUCCUACCAGACGUCCCCCGCCAUGCACAACCACAUGCCCCGGGCCCCCAGUCCGGGGGCCUUCCAGCGCUCCAUGGAGGCCCGCAUGUCCCCCAACAAGACGCCCUUUCUGCCUGCCAUGAAGAAAGUGGGACCACCCCUCCCAGCCACGCAGGUCAGCGGACCCCCCAGUCAGCCCCCUCCGAUAGUACGCCGAGAAAUCGCCUUCCCCCCGGGAACAGUGGAAGCCACGCAGCCCGUUCUGAAGCCCAGACGCAAGAUUACCUCAAAGGACAAUGGUAAGUGCCGCUUGGGAGCGCCGAACCGCUCGGGGGCAACGUGCUGCUUCACCAACGGACACUCGCAGUCCCAGUACCUUUUCUCCUUUCAGUUGCCUGGAUUCCUAGAACUCAUAGUGGAAUACUUCCGGAGGUGCUUGAUCGAAAUCUUCGGCAUCUUAAAGGAGUACGAAGUCGGCUCUGUCGGCCAAAAGACUCUCCUCGAGCCGCCGCCCAGCAAAAAGGAGGACCUCCCCUCCAGCGAGUCGGAGGACGAGGGGGCGCAGGCGGAGGGGGACCAGGAGGAGGCGCUGUGCGAGGAGGAGGAGGAGGAGGAGGAGGGGCCCGAGCCGCCGGAGGCGCCGCGGCCCGAGGUGGCGGAGAAGGAGGCGAGCGCGGGGCCCCAGGAGGGCCGGGGUGCCCCCGAGGGGGAAGAGGAGGAGAAGCCGAAGCAGGCCAGCAGGUUCGACAGGCUGCCGGUGAAGGUGGUGAAGAGGGAGGACGACUUCGUGGUGGACCGCUCCGACCAGCUGGGCCAGGCCCAGGAGUUCCACAGCGGCCUGCUGCACUGGCGGGUCGGCGGCGGGGACUCCACCGAGCACAUCCAGACCCACUUCGAGAGCAAGAUGGAGCUGUCCGCGCAGAGGGGGCGCCCCGGCUGCCCGCAGAGCUCGCGCCCCGAGCCCAGGACGAGGGGGCGGGCCGAAACGGAGGAGGGCGGCGCGCCGGAAGAGCCGGAGAAGCGCAUCAUGGCCACCAUCGACGACGUGCUCUGCACCCGGGCCGGGGCCCUCCCGGAAGACGAUCCGUUCCCGGCGCGCGCCGGCACCUUCCCCUUCAGGAUCCACCACGCCAAGAGCCACUGUAACAUCAGACUCCUGGAGGACGAGCCCAGGACUCUGGACGAGGCUCCCCUGUCCACUGUUGCCAGCUGGCAGGACUCGCUGACCAGGCGCUGCGUGUGCGUGUCCAACAUCGUGCGCAGCCUCUCCUUCGUGCCGGGCAACGACGCCGAGAUGUCCCGGCACCCGGGGCUCGUGCUCAUCCUGGGCAAGCUGGUCCUGCUGCGGCACGAGCACCCCGAGAGGAAGAGGGCGCCCCAGACCUACGAGAAAGAGGAGGAGCAGGACCGGGGCCUGGCCUGCAGCAAGGACGAGUGGUGGUGGGACUGCCUGUCCGCCCUCCGGGAGAACACCCUUGUCACGCUGGCCAACAUCGCCGGCCAGCUGGACCUGUCCGUCUACCCGGAGAGCAUCUGCCUGCCCAUCCUGGACGGCCUCCUGCACUGGAUGGUGUGCCCGUCGGCGGAGGCCCAGGACCCCUUCCCCCUUGCGGGGCCGAGCUCCGGCCUCACCCCCCAGAGACUGGUGCUGGAGACCCUGUGCAAGCUGAGCAUCCAGGACGGCAACGUGGACCUCCUGCUGGCCACGCCGCCCUUCAGCCGGCAGGAGAAGCUCUACGCCACGCUGCUGAGGUACGUGGGCGAGCGCAAGGUCCAGGUGUACCGGGAGAUGGCGGUGGCCGUCCUGUCCAACCUGGCGCAGGGCGACACCCUGGCGGCGCGGGCCAUCGCGGUCCAGAAGGGGAGCGUCGGCAACCUGAUCGGCUUCCUGGAGGACGGGGUGACCGUGGCCCAGUACCAGCAGAGCCAGCACGGCCUCCACCACCUGGCCCCCCCGCCCAUGGAGCCCCCCAGCGUCAACAUGAUGUGCCGGGCGGCCAAGGCCCUGCUGGCCAUGGCCCGGGUGGAGGAGAACCGCUCGGAGUUCGUGCUCUUCGAGGGCCGGCUGCUCGACAUCUCCAUCUCCUCCGUGCUGAACUCGGCGGUGGCUGCUGUCAUCUGCGAAGUACUCUUUCACAUUGGCCAGUUAUGACAGGAGGCGGGGCGGGGCCGACGUAGACGCGAGACGAGGGGGGGGAGGUGGGGAGGGGGGGCUGGGGUUUGCAGAAUGAGCGGCGGUUUUCUAUUUUUAUUUAAAUAAGGAAAAAAAAAAGAAAAAAAAGUCUUUUUUUUGUUCUUGGUUUUUUUUCUCUCCCUCCUCCCCCCCCCCG